AUGACUUCCACCUGCUCAUUGAGACCUUUCAAGCCCUGUGAUUGCCUCUUUGGUAGUUGGCUGAUCAGAGUUGGAGUUUGGACCUUAAUAUUUUUAGCCUUUAUUUGUAAUAUACUGGUGAUUGCAACAAUCUUCCAAGUUCCACAGUUCAUCUCCUCCAUAAAGUUUAUAACUGGACAAAUAGCUAUUGUGAAUACUCUCAUGGUUGUGUCUAGCAGUGUGCUUGCUAGUGUGGAUGCAUUAACCUAUGGAGACUUUGCUCAAUAUGGAACUUGGUGGGAAGAUGGAAUUGUUUGUCAUAUCAUUGGAAUUCUUUCUGUCUUUGCUUCAGAGGCUUCUAUUUUCUUGCUCACCUUAGCAACUGUUGAGCGUGUGUUUUCUGUGAAAUAUAGAACAAAAUUUGAACACACUCUAGCUAAUAUAAAAAUAGCCAUCAUCUUUUGUUUUGUACUGGCUUUAAUAAUUGCUGUGAUUCCAGUGCUUAGUGACAGUGAAUAUGGAGGUUCUCCCUUAUGCAUACCACUACCUUUUGGAAGACUAUCAGGUGUGGGUUAUACAGUAGCAAUGGUCUUAAUGAACUCUUUUUGUUUUCUUGUAAUGACAGUAGCAUACACAAAACUCUACUGUAGUCUGGACAAGGGAGAAAUGGAUAGUAUUCUGGAUUGUUCCAUGAUCAAACACAUAGCCUUAUUACUUUUUAUUAACUGCAUUCUCUAUUGUCCUGUGGCCAUCUUAUCAUUUUCAUCAUUAUUAAACCUUCGUUUUAUUGGCCCUGAAGUCAUCAAACCAAUACUUUUAGUGAUUGUUCCCCUUCCUGCAUGUCUAAACCCACUUCUCUACAUACUUUUUAAUCCUCAUUUCAGGAAGGACCUGAGAAGCUUUCAAAAGCAGUCAUUUGGAUGGAAAAAAGCAAAAGAUGCUAGUUUGGUUUCUGUCAAUUCAGAGGAUGCAGAGAAACAGUCAUGUAAUUCAACCCAAGCUCUAGUAACCUUUGCAAGUGCCAGAAUAUCAUAUGAUAUUGUUCCCAGCAAUCCAGUAGGGCCAUCAAUUCAGUGAAAGCUGUAACCUUUCAUCCAUCACAUUUGUCCCAUGCCACUAACUUCAUUCAGAGGUAGUGAUGAGGUUUACAAAAAAAUUAAAAAAUAGAUGAAUGUGCAUGUGUUGCUUGUAAAGAGAGAAGCAACCAAUUACUCUGGUUUUAUGGGAAAGAAAACUGAAAUUGUGAAAUUUAAUACAGAUAGUCCUCGACCUACAAUCACAAUUGAGCCCAAAAUUUAUGUUGUUAAGUGAAACAUUUGUUAAGUGAGUUUUGCCCCA